AUCUAUUCUAGACUUUCUAGUUCUAGAACAUGCCCAUCAUCUUUUAAAUUAUAACACAAAGGAGUGGAAGGAAGCUAAUAACGCAUCAUCAUUUUUAUUUUUUUCCCAUCUUCUCUUCCUUUUUGCUCGUAUAUAAAAGGAAUCCCUAGAAUCCCGUUUUAUGUAACGGACUUUAAUAAGCCGCGUACGGCGUAUCCGGUAAAUCGGCCCAGCUCGAGCCAUCAACCAACGGAGGAGAUCUCUCUCUCCCACUCAUAUCGCAACAACGCUGCCGGAGAAUCAACCUCUACAAAUCGAGACCGGCGGACUUAAUUUUGUCGGAGCUGGGAUCAGCUUUUAUUAAUCUCCAGAUCCCUCACCUGUUUCUAUAUCACCGGUUGGUAUUAUUAAGCCAUGGUUCUUGAUGGGCAUGUAUCUUCACCAUUAAGGAGGCAACAGUGUCUAAAGAAGCAGUGGGAAGAGUUGGGUAGCUGCUCCACGGUUGUUCAGAGGCAUAGAUAUCUCUUAACAGCGUUGGCGCUUUUGGCAUUCCUCUGCACUAUUUAUCUCUACUUUGCAGUCACUUUAGGCGCUAGGCACUCGUCGUGCUAUGGCUUGACAGGGAAAGACAAGGCCAUGUGUCAAUUACAACAUGUUGAAGCUAUCUCCAAAGGCAAACUGAAAUUCUUCUAGAGUGUUAUCGGCGACACCUUGCAACCCCAUUUAUUUAUCUUGUAAUAAAACAUUUUUUCUUUUUUUUGAUUCUAUGUUCCUAUUUGUGUGUUUUUACAUGAUGAAAAACCAGAUAUCCAUAAUUGAAAGAUAAAUCAUUUUUCGCUA